AUGUCAACUGACCCUCGACUCGCCCGGCUCCAAGCUCGAGCAAAUACACCUCAGUCUGCGCCAGCCAAAUCACAGCCACUACCUCAACCUCAACCCCAAUCUCCACUACAAUCGCAACCGCAACCGGAACCGGAACCGCAAACACAAACCCAACCUGCUUCUCCAUCCCCAGCACCUGUAGAGACAGGGCACUCCAAAUUAACUCCCCCAAGUUUAGAUGGCAACGUCGACGUCGAGGCGCCAGUUACGGUGCCUGCUGACGCAGUCGCUGAAACAAGCGAAGUCCCCUUCAAGUUAAGAUUCUGCACAGUCUGUGCCUCAAAUAACAACCGGAGCAUGGAAGCUCACCUGAGAUUGUCGACUUCAGACCGUCACUACCCGGUCAUCUCUUUCGGCACGGGUUCGUUUGUCCGAUUACCUGGUCCGUCAAUCUCCCAGCCACAGGUUUACAACUUCAACACCACCUCUUACUCGAAAAUGUACGAGGAACUGAAUGCACAAGAUGCGAGGUUGUACCGGAACAAUGGAAUUUUGAAUAUGCUGGAUCGGAAUCGAAACAUAAAGUGGGGCCCAGAGCGAUUUCAUGACUGGGUGGUUGGCGCGUCGAGGAUGGAUGCUUUGCAACGAGGGGACAAAGGCGCCGAGGGAUCGGAAGGCGGUAUUGUCGACGUGAUCUUCACCUGUGAAGAGAGAUGCUGGGACGCUGUGGUUGAUAAUCUGCUGGACCGAGGAGCACCUUUAAACCGACCUGUUCACGUGUUCAAUAUCGACAUCAAGGAUAACCAUGAGGAGGCCCUUAUAGGAGGAGGCGCAAUUUUGGAAUUGGCGGACCUACUUAACGACGCUGCCGCCGAAGAGCGGAAGCAGAACGGCACGAGGGGGUGGGAGAAUGGAGGUGGUGCGGCCCGGGAGAGUUUCGAUGAAAGAGUCCCUGAUAUUCUGGCCACCUGGCAGGAAAGAUGGCCCAGCUUGCCGGCAUUGUGGACGCUGUCGUGGUUCUAA